AUGAAGAUGCGCAUCUGCAAGUUGAUACUGUGCUCGGUGUGGCUGUGGACGUGCCUGGCGCUGGGCGGGGCGGCGCGCACGCCGGUGCUGGCCACGCCGCAGGGCCGGCUGCGCGGCGUGCUCGGGCCCGCCGGCCAGCGACGCUACUACGGCAUACCCUAUGCCACGGCCGGCAGAUUUCAGGCUCCGAGGGAGGCGCCGCCAUGGAGCGGCGUGCUGGAGGCGGUAGACCGCUUCCGCAGCUGUCCACAGAUGCUCUUUUCCGCGGUGGUGGGCUCGGAAGAAUGCCUGGUUCUGGAUGUGCAUGCGCCGGCGCGGGUGCGAUCGGCACGCGGCCUUCCCGUCAUGGUAUUCAUCCACGGCGGUGCCUACUACUAUGGUACUCGGGCGCACUACGACCCAGAAUACUUGGUAGCUAAGGACGUGGUCGUCGUCGUGAUAAACUACAGGCUGAAUGUGCUCGGUUUUCUCUGCGUGAAUGGAGUCUCCAAUCUCGGGUUACGGGACCAGGUGGAGGCGCUGCGCUGGGUGCGGCAGAACAUCGCGGCCUUCGGCGGCGCGCCCGGAGACGUAACGUUGUGCGGGCAGAGCGCGGGCGCCGCCGCCGCUACCAUGCACCUGGUGUCGCGCGCCAGCCGCGGCUUGUUUCACAAGGUCAUCGCGAUGAGCGGUUCGCUGCUCGCGCCCUGGGCGUUCAACUUGGAGCCUCUCGCCCCUGCCCUCAACGAUGCGCGGAAACUGGCACCCGCCGACACCGAGCGAGAUAUCUACGAAGUGUUCUUGAAUUCUCCGAUCGACGAUCUGAUUCGCGCGACCGCAGACACCUCCGUGGAUCCGAGGUACUUUAAAUAUUCGCCGUGCAUGGAUUCGAACGCGACGGAUCCAUUUUUCCUCGGCGAGCCGUACGAUAUGCUCAAAAAAGGAGAAUUCACAAAGGUACCCAUGAUGAUAGGGCACGCUGAGGACGAGGGCGUCCUGUUCUUUGGGUUGAGGGAGCGAGAAAUUUUGAAGAAACUGGACGAGGAGUUCGAGGAGAGACUUCCUUCCGUGUUCUCCUGGUGUCCGUCGAACAGGAGGGCGAUCGCGGGAGCGCUACGCUCGCACUACUUUGGCGCGGGGAGCGUUAGCGAGGCUGCUGGCCGCGGCCUCGUCGACUUUUAUUCGGACUGGAUCGUGCGCGGCACGCACGACGCCUUCCUGCGCCUGCUGGCCUCCGUUUCCGACGAGCCCAUCUACAACUAUAUAUUCUCGUAUCGGGGCAGCAGAAAUUUCGCGACGAUGUUAGCCACAUUGCGCGGGGGUGCGGGCUCAGGUGCGAGCGCGACGCACUCGGACGACAUCUUCUACAUAUUCAAGCCGGGCGGGUUGCCGCUACCCGUCACGCCGAGCGACAGGACCUUCAUCGACAGACUAACUCUCCUUAUCACAAACUUUAUGAGAUUUGGGGACCCCACCCCGGCGUCUCGUAGCUCGGCACUGCUGUCGUUUCGAUGGCCGCGGUGGAAUGCAUCCGUGGCCCUGCGGCUGUCAGGUUCGCCACAGCCCGUGCGGAGCCGUGCGGGCACGGCCAGCGGGCCGUUCUUGCGAGCGCUGUGCAUGCACGGGCGGCGCGGUCACGUGCCCUGCGACAGCGCCGCGAUCUGUGCUACAAACUCCACCUUCACACGCGUCAACUUGGGUUCGGCUGUCGGCACACCGUAGCUGUAUAAUUAACCGAGGACGAAAGUACUCUCCAGCGAUAUAUGUACCAACUAGUAACAUCUAGUGGUAAAUAUUUACCAGGACUAUUCCUGUCCCCCGACAGACUCGACACUAGAUAAACAAAAAUAAUAAUAUAAGUUCAAGUUUAAACAUCCCUGAUAUGAGUGGAUUUAUAUGAGGGAUAGAAUCCGGAACCGAAUUUUGGUAUUCAUAGGUACCUUUAAUUUUUCUUCUGCCAGCUGUUUCAACCAAAGAGCUUCCUGAAUGACCAAUGAUAGAGCCAUAUUGUAUAUUAAGCCUCACUUGUAGAAAAGGCUAUGUU